CCAGGAGAGAGCAGGAGACCGAGAGAACCGGACCAGCUGCUGGCAGGAAAACUGUCUUCCUCUUCUCCAAGAUGUACAGAACCAAACUGGGCGUGAAGGACUGCCAGCAGCUCUACAAGCUGAUAAUUAGCCAGCUGCUGUAUGACAGCCACGUCAGCAUCGCCAAUGGCCUGAUCAAUGAAAUCAAGCCUCAGUCUGUCUGUGCACCCGCGGAGCAGCUCCUGCAUCUCAUCAAACUAGGAAUGGAAAAUGAUGACACCACAGUGCAGUAUGCAAUUGGUCGUUCAGAUACUGUUGCCCCUGGCAAAGGAAUUGACCUGGAAUUUGAUGCAGAGGUCCAGACUAUGUCCCCAGAGGCUUCUGAGUAUGAAACAUGCUAUGUCACAUCACAUAAGGGACCAUGCCAUGUAGAUACCUAUAGUAGAGAUGGACAGUUAAUAGCUACUGGGUCUGUUGAUGCUUCGAUAAAGAUACUUGACACAGAGAGGAUCUUAGCCAAAAGUGCCAUGCCAAUAGAGGUCAUGAUGAAUGAGACCGCACAACAAAAUAUGGAAAACCGCCCAGUGAUUCGAACUCUUUGUGACCAUGUGGAUGAAGUCACAUGCCUCGCUUUCCACCCAACAGAACAGAUUCUGGCUUCUGGUUCAAGGGAUUAUACUCUUAAAUUAUUUGAUUAUUCCAAACCAUCAGCAAAAAGAGCCUUCAAAUACAUUCAGGAAGCUGAAAUGUUACGCUCCAUCUCUUUUCAUCCUUCUGGAGACUUUAUACUUGUUGGAACUCAGCAUCCUACUCUUCGUCUAUAUGAUAUCAACACCUUUCAAUGCUUUGUCUCUUGCAAUCCUCAAGAUCAAUACACUGAUGCUAUAUGUUCCGUUAAUUACAAUUCUAGAGCCAAUAUGUAUAUAACUGGAAGCAAGGAUGGCUGCAUCAAAUUAUGGGAUCAAAGUUGUGAUGUUUCAAAUCGAUGCAUCACAACUUUUGAAAAAGUACAUGAUGGGGCUGAAGUUUGGUCUGCCAUUUUUUUCAAAAAUUCUAAAUACAUUCUCUCAAGUGGAAAAGACUCUGUAGCUAAACUUUGGGAAAAAUCAAUGGGACGAACACUGGUCAGAUACACGGGUACGGGUCUGAGUGGACGCCAGGUGCACCGGACACAGGCUGUGUUUGCCCACACCGAGGACUAUGUGUUGCUGCCCGAUGAGAGGACGAUCAGUCUCUGCUGCUGGGACUUGAGGACAGCCAAGCGGAGAAACCUGCUUUCUUUGGGGCACAACAACAUUGUAUGCUGCAUAGUGCACUCGCCCACCAACCCCAUGUUCAUGACGUGCAGCGAUGACUUCAGAGCGCGAUAUUGGUACCGGUGAUCCACCACCGACUGACCCACCCUCUCCACAGGGGGCUUUCUCGAGAACUCUGCCCUCCUCCCCCAUGUCCUGUCUCCAGCUGUGGUUGUAAGUCAGUGCACCAUCUUUGACAAUUGUGCUGGCACCUCUGUCCACAUCCUUCUUGG